UCUUCCCAUUCGGUAAUGGUUGUCAUUCAAUUGAAACGGAACACAAUAGCCUUGCUGCGCAUGCGCCUUGUUCGAAAUCCACGUGUCGUGCCUGUAGUGACAACUCAGCUCAUUCAAACUGCAAGAAAGACUCGAGUACUGAGAGAAAGAGAAAACAUGGAAGCAGCUGUAUUUCAGCCUUACCUGGAUUCAAUUCAGAAGGAGUUACAGGCACAGGACCCCGUUGUUCUUGGAGUUCUCGUCGCCCUGUUGGUUGUCAUACUGUCAAUAAUUUUUAUUAAGAUUGUUUGGGGUGGAAAAACCACCAGGAGAACAGUGCUGUUGGUUGGACUCUGUGAUUCUGGAAAAACUCUCAUCUUCAGCAGAUUACUGUCGGGAAAAUUUAAGAAGACCCAGACCUCCAUUACUGACAGCUCUGCCAUAUACAAUGUUAAAAGUGAAAAGGGUCGUGAUUUUACACUGAUUGAUCUUCCUGGUCAUGAGAGUCUGCGGCCUCAGUUUGUGGAGAGGUUCAAGACUGCUGCCAGGGCUGUUGUGUUUGUCGUGGACAGCGCUGUGUUUCAGAAGGAGGUGCGAGAUGUGGCAGAGUUCCUGUACUCCCUCCUCACCGAUGCUGAAAUUGUGAAGAAUGCCCCAGCUCUGGUGGUCACCUGCAACAAACAAGAUGUCACAAUGGCAAAGUCUGCUAAGGUUAUUCAACAGCAAUUGGAAAAGGAACUCAACACCCUGCGAGUAACCCGCUCAGCAGCACUCAGCGCGCAGGACGGUUCUGCUGCUGGAGGCACUGUGCACCUGGGCAAGAAGGGCAAAGAUUUCAAAUUCUCUCAGCUACCCAUGAAGGUGGAAUUUGUGGAGUGCAGUGCCAAAGGGUACAAGGGAGAGGAUGGAGAGGCUGACAUGAAGCAGCUUGAGAAGUGCCUGGCUAGGAUUUCAUGAGCUGACUACAUUGUGUGCCUCAAAGUAAUGGUUACAGACAGAUCUCCCUCCAUCCAAAUGCAUGCCCUUGACAUCACAAAGCAGCAAUGGAAAAUAAGGUCUUAACAUAGUACACCUCAAGCCACAAGUAGUAUGGCUUUUGAUAAGUGUCGUGCUGAACAUAUUUUAUGGAUGGGCAAAGGAUAUUUUAUUAUCUGUGUGCCUAUACCAUUCCUGCUGCUUAAUUGCAUUUGUUUUCUCUCUUGUCCUGCAACUCCAUUCAGCAGAACUAUUAAAGCCAAAAAAACUUUGUUAUUUAUCUUUUAGUAACUGUUUCUUUUGGUAUAUACAACAAAUAAAAUCAUCAGUGUUAACUUG